UCCUUGUCCCUGCGGCGGGUGAGCGGCGCUCUCUCUCUCUCCUCUCCUCUCGCUCGCUCUUCUCACUCUCACACAUUACACAGGGAGCCCGCGGCAGGGGAGGCAGCAUGGAGGAGGAAUAGGAGAUGGGGCUCGGACGGGGCCACCAGCAGCAGGAGAAGGCACACGGGCGGGGCGCAGUAGCCUGCCUGUAGCCCAGUCCCCGGGAAGAGAAGAAGGAGGAGGAGGGAGAAGGACCGGCGGGGGUCCCGAUCCAUGUAACCGGGGGAUACCUAGACGUCCGAACCUUCCUCGGGAAAGAUGAGCAGCUCGGAGCCCCCCGAGGCGGGAGAGAGCCGGUGAUCGCUGCAAGAUGAGCGAAGAAGCCCCCCCGGAGGAUGACAACUACAUAGUGCGUGUGAAGGCUGUGGUUAUGAGCAGAGAUGACUCCAGUGGGGGAUGGGUACCACAUGAAGGCGGCGGAAUCAGUCGGGUUGGAGUCUCUAAAGUUUACCCGGAGGGCAGCGGAAGAAGUGACUUUCUUAUACACGGAGAGCGAAUAAAAGAUAAGCUGGUGUUAUUGGAAUGCUACUUAAAGAAGGAUUUGGUGUAUCAGAAGGCAACGCCAACGUUCCAUCACUGGUCAGUUGAUGAAAGAAGGUUUGGCCUCACCUUUCAGAGUCCUGCUGAUGCACGAGCCUUCGACAGAGGAGUACGCAAAGCCAUUGAAGACCUCACAGAAGGAUCCACUACGUCUUCUUCCACCAUUCAUAAUGAGGCUGAGCUCGGGGACGAUGAUGUUUUUGCAACUGGCACAGAUAGCUCUUCGAACUCCUCACAGAAGAGGGAAGCACCAGUGAGGACAAUCUCGUCUCCACUGACAAGCGGACGCUGUCGAUACAGUACCCUGAGCCACAUUGAUCCUUAUUCCUUGGAACACUAUAAUCCAGAACAAUCAUUACCUAGACCUCCUCGGCAUGUCAGCUUUCCAGAUGACGAUGACGAAAUCGUGCGCAUCAACCCAAGGGAAAGAAACUGGCUCACGGGUUACGAAGACUACCGCCAGGCACCGAUGCGCAAAUACCCAGAAACUGAUGACACGGACCGUUAUGUGCGAUUUGCCAAAAGUGAAACCUCAAAGCAUGAUUACAACUAUCCAUACGUAGAUCACACGAACUUUGGCAUGUGCAAGGACCUCAAGGGUCCUGUGAUAAACACACAGCCCAGCCGUUGCAAAUCAAGAAGGAAAGAUGGCGAGAGGUCCAGAUGUGUGUAUUGCAGGGACAUGUUCAACCAUGAUGACAAUGGUCGGGGACAGUGCCAGGAUGCCCCGGAUUCAGUCCGAAACUGCAUACGACGGAUCAGCUGCAUGGGGUUUGCAGACUGCGUUCUUUACCACUGCAUGUCUGAUUCAGAAGGAGACUACACAGACGCUUGUUCUUGUGACACCAGCGAUGAAAAGUUUUGCCUCCGGUGGAUGCUGCUCAUCCCUUUGUCAAUCAUUGCUCCUGGCAUGUGCUGUUACCUCCCACUACGAGCUUGCUACAACUGUGGUGUCAUGUGUGGAUGCUGUGGGGGCAAACACAAAGCAGUGGGGUGACUGCGUGCAAAGUCUGGGACUUGGUUUUGCUAAUUUUUUCAACGGUUUGCUGGGAAGCGUUUGUGGACAAAACACUCCCAACAGGUCAGCCGGCAUGUUCCCAAGCUUGAAAAGCCGGCCGCCGCAGCCUCGGCAGAGGCUCCUAGCAAACUCCUCAGAAUAAAGAAAUACUAAACGAAUAGAAGGCUUUGAAAAAGAAUGAGCGAUGCAGUGAUGGAAAGUGGAGAUGCUGAAUCUGUCAAGCUGUUUUGGCAGUCUGUCACCUGUAAAUAGGUUGUUUUUUUGUUUUUGCACUUUCAGUAGUGUAAUAUUCAGACUCCAUCUUUGAAAGGGUGCGAGUCUGCAGGGCCCUGGAAGAAAAGGGGUUCAUGUAGAUCUAAUGCGUAUUUUAACCUGCAAUCAGGUAUUCUAUGCUUAUCUUCUAUAACAUGGGUAACAAGAGUACCAUCAUGCAGUAUUUCUCUAUUAUGCCAAAACCAGCUAUUUAUGUGUAUGUAGUAUUUGACGUCCAUUACCAUUUCUUUACACCCCCCUCUUUCUUUGCGUGAGUUCUAUUCUUCCACUCUUUUCUUGUCCCUUUCUGUUCUGUUGACUAAAUCGACUUCCAAACUUUUCUUAAUUUAUACAGGAUUCAUUAUGAUGUUCUAGCAGUCAGUACACUCCUUGGUUGUGUAAUGGCCUUUGCACAAAUCUUUUAUUUAUAGUGACUGUCAUUUUGGUUGGUUUAGGCAUUCCUACCAAAUGGCACUAGUUCCCUUUAAAUAUUGCAGUAAUAUAACGUUUAGAUCUUGUUGUACAUCUGCAUUCCCUAUAAUUACAGGAACUUUAGAGUGUUGGUCUUUUGUCCUUACUGAUGAUCUUUGUUUUUUGGAAAAGGGAAUUUAAUGAUCAUUAAGUGUUCUAGACUAAAUAAUCUUAAUUUAUUUUCCACCAUAACCAAGCAUUUCCCCCCUUCCGUGCUUCAUUGAUUUUUUUUUAUUAUUAUUUGAUAAACACUAAUGAGCUUUUUCAGUAAGACAAAAGGAUUUGUACAAUAACCCAUAGCAACCCAUCAGAAUUUAUCUCUGGCUGAUAUGAUUUUAGUAAAUUGAAAGCCAAUUUGUUCAGGUGGGUUAUUGCACAUAUCCAUGGCAUCUUGCACUUCUUAACCGAAUUUGCUGGUGUUCCGUCAGAAUCUGCGACCCAUCAGAUUAGGUAAUGGAAGUGACGUUUUGGCAGCUGCGCAUUCGUUCCACCGCUACAGGUUUGCUCAACUGACAGAACACCUGCAGUCAGAAGAAGGCAGCAGACAUCUAAGUACUCCCAGCUACGCCUUGAAUUUCACAGUCAUUUUAGCAGUAAAGUGAGCGUAUAUAAAUAAAUAUAGUAUAUUGACAUCUGUAAUGCUGUUUGGAUGUUUAAUUUUAAAAGCCUGAGCAGUGCGGGGUGUACCAACAUGACCUCCGCCACCUUCCUGCUGCUGGCGUCCAACUUUUUUCAAAAUGGAACAUCAAAACAGCAUCACAGAUGUCAAUAUACUAUUCUUAAAUGCACUCACUUUAUUGCUAAAAUUACUCUGAAAUUCAAGAUGUAUCUGGGUGUAGAUGUCCGCUGCCACCUUCUUCUGACUGCAGGUGUUCUGUCAGAUGAGCAAACCUGGUAGCAGUGAAACGCAUGCGCAGCUGACGGAACGUCACUUCCGUUGCCUAAUCUGACAGAACACCUGCAAAGUUUGAAACAACGUUUUUGUAAAGUUCUAGAGUUCUAAAAAGUUUUGUUGUGCUGCAGCAGUUGUGUUUUAAUAAUUAUUGAAAAUAAUAAAAAUAAAUAUAUAUAUUGUUCUUAUGUUAAAGAAGACUUUGACGAUGUAGGGGAAAAAAAGGAACAAUGAUAUUACUGCAAUGGUUUUCUGACAGUUGUAGUUAUUUAGUAAACAUGUAAUGAUAAAUUACGUGAUUUGCAUGUAAGGUAAAAUAUCCAAAAUUUGGCUUCCCUAUAGAGUUAAUUUUGGUUCCAAUAUUUCAUUUUAUUUUUUAUUUUUUUGCAGAGAGACCUUGAUUAAAGAAAAAAAAUCAUCUGGUCCUCAUUAGAGUAAGGCUCUAAUUUUAAACAAAGUUAUCUGCUACCACAGUGGCUGGUGACCCUUUACCCUUCUCUUUAGAGUUCUGCUGCUUCUAGUUACUCUGGCACACCCUGUAGGUGCUGAAGUGCUUUGGCAUAGGUCAAAAUCACGUGGCAUCCUAUGCUGUGGCCAAAUAAACAUGAAAGCCAUAGGCCAGGCUAUGGACAGCCAUUUGCCACCGUCACAAACUCUGCAGUGUUUAGAGUACCACCUGUAAUACGGAAUAUUUCCACGUUUACACCCAUUGUUUGGCUACAGAUGUGCAUUCUCUUCAUCGAUGGCAAGUUCUCUGCCCCCAGAGAGCUUUUAUCAUUUUUGGAUGUUACAUACAAAAUGGCCAUUGAAGCCCUAUAAAAAAAAAAUAUAUGUAUUGCCUCAAGUGCCUGCCACCGACAGCCAUCAUUAGAGUGAGCGUAUGACGAUCCUGAUUUUUAAUUACCACCCACAAUAAAUUUGGAAGAACUAAUGAUACAGGUUCUGCAUUUUGAGAAGCAAUGAUCUAAGCUUAGAGUAUUUCAGCUCUGACUGAAUUAUGUUGUAUAUAUGCUGAUCAUAAUGUGCCAUUAUACAACAACAAAAUAGAAUAGAAACGUGGGGGUUAGCUAAUCGGGAAAAGAUUCUCGAAGCACACUUACACAGAAUAGUAGUCAUUUGUGCUACUGGUAUUAAAUCAGUAACUCUUGCUAAAUCAAUUUUUUUUUGGUACUGUACAAGUAGACACCUAUACAUACAAGAUGGCCAUCUAGUGAUCCUUUUUUUUUAUUAUUUUUUAAUCCGAUAAUGUUUUUUAUAGGUCACCUACAGAUGCCUGGUGGUAGACAAUCUUCAGGAUAAAUUAUGAUCAAAUACCUUAAAAAAGAAGAAAAAUGCCCUAUUAUUUUUACAGAUGUUAGACAACACUAGGGGUGUUUAAAAGCACCCCCCCCUUUUUUAGAAAAAUAUUAACGCUUGGUUAAACCUUUUGUUGGCCUGACAAACAUUCACUAAACAUCUGCUUUCCAUGCAUAAAGGUUAUUUGUAAUGUACCCUCUUCACAAAGCCUUACUUAAUCGAAGUAGAAUAAAAUAAAGGUAUGGGGUCGAGGCACAAAUGCCAAAGUAAACACAGUUGUGGUAAAUUAUAUUUUCUUGCUAUUCUUGAUCUAGUCCAUUUUUACCAUCUAAUAGCUACGUGGCUAGACGUGUCACACUCCCACUUGUAUGUAGUUAUUAGUUAACAUGUCUAAACAGUGUAGCCAGCAGUUGUAUUGGAUAUCCAUUCCUUUCUGAAUACAAAUUGACUGACAUCUGUUUUGACCCUCAAUUUUUUUAUUGUUUCCACAGGUGUGGGCAAGUCUAAGUAUGUAUGUCCUUGCCCAACCUUUUAAAUUACCCAUGUAACUAGAGUUACUUAUUCAGCCAUAUUGGCCCUACCUGAAUCAUCCUGGUUAGCACUUGAAUUACUAUACAAACUGAAGCCAGUGCACCUAAAAAUUAAUAGUGCCUACCUUCUUUUUUUUUUUUUUUUGCCUUUUCCUCAGAUAGCAGAAGCCCUUUUCAUAGCUUCUUAAAAAAAAAAAAAAAAUAGGAGCCCCCCGUGACUUGGUCAGUUGUCUCCUGAAUAUUGAUGGCUAGUUUACCUGUUCACAUUAUCAGGUAGCUUGGCUUAUUUCAAGGCCUUUGGACAUUUGAUAGAUCAUUGGUUCUCAAACAGUGGUACCCUAAAGGUUAGUCAUGAUAGGUUUAGAAGAUACUUUUGCUUAUUAAAAUAAAUACAUUUUAACGUU